AUAUGAGAGAUGACGUCACAGGUUCGGCGGCAGUCAUCAUGUGACGUCAUGGUCACGGGAUCGGCAUGUGACCGGCUGACUGCGCCGCUUCCGGGUAGGACUUCUGUAGACAUGGCGGCCCCGUACAGCGAGCUGGACAACCCUUUCCAGGACCCCGCGGUGACGGAGCAUCGGCCCAGCAGCCAGUAUGCUACGUUAGAUGUCUACAAUCCAUUUGACAACCUCGGGGUGCCGCCUCCUUACCAUGAGCCAUCAGUCCAGCCAGCUGCCACUGCGCCUGCUGCAACCAUCCAGCCGACUGUCAGCCCAGCUGUCAAGAAACAAAGUCCCACUGAACCCAAAAACUACGGCUCAUACGGGACCCAGGACUCUACAGCUGCAGCGACAGCAGAGUUAUUACGCCGCCAGGAAGAGCUGAACCGCAAGGCUGAAGAGAUAGACCGGAGGGAAAGAGAACUACAGAAUGCUGCGCUUGGAGGAGGAACAUUGAGACAGAAUAACUGGCCCCCGCUGCCAUCUUUCUGCCCUGUGAAGCCUUGCUUCUACCAGGAUAUAGGUGUGGACAUUCCACAGGACUUCCAGAAGACGGUGUCCAUCAUGUAUUACCUGUGGCUUGUCAGUGCAGGAACUCUGCUGCUGAACUUCGUGGCCUGUUUCGCCUUGUUCUGUGUAGAUGCCACUGGGGCCUCUGGUUUUGGCCUGUCCAUCCUCUGGGGUAUCCUCUUUACACCCUGCUCAUUUGUUUGCUGGUACAGACCACUGUACAAGGCUUUCAGGAGUGACAGCUCCUUCAAUUUCUUCGCCUUCUUCUUCAUCUAUUUUGUCCAAGAUAUAAUGUAUGUGCUGGAGGCAGUGGGGAUCCCUGGCUGGGGCUUCAGCGGCUGGGUCGCUGCUCUCGCUGCGCUGAAAGGCGGUUAUACGGGGGUCUCUGUCUUCAUGAUGAUAGUCGCGCUGCUCCUUACAGCAACUGCAGUCAUGGGCAUUGUCAUGCUGAAGAGGAUCCACUCCAUCUACCGCCGGACCGGUGCCAGUUUCCAGAAGGCACAAGAGGAGUUUGCUGCUGGUGUGUUUUCUAAUCCCACUGUGCGCACUGCAGCGACCAACGUAGCAGCCGGGGCUGCCCAAAGUGCGUUCACGCCUUAAGAUGGGACGGGAGCGCCAUCUGUCUGCCACAUCCCUGCACUGUUGGACUGUAUUGCGGCAGCUUGUUCCAGCGCUGACGUUCACCUGGGCUCGCCGCUCUUCAUUAAUGCUUGUGUGUCUGUAUUAACACAAUGUGAGCGUGACACUAUGGGGGAGCGUGCGAGAGACGACUGUCUGUGGUUGUGUCAUGCGUGUAACGCCACCUACCGGGACGUAACGCCUUCCCACUCAGGAUUAACCCUUCUCUGCCUGUGGAGGGCUCUUUUCAGUUAAAGCCGGGUGUACCUGUGAUGUUGGGAGGGAGGGGGGUGAGCAUGCCUCAUGUUUACAUGUAUGUUCUGGUAAUAGGGGUAAUGCAUGUAGCCUCAGAUUCUGUCUGGCCCACGUGAUGUUGCGGAGGGGUCGGACGUGUUGACCAGCUGAUGCCAAAUUAAACCAUUUUAUUAAGCUGA